AUAAAAAGAACUGAGCUAAAAUUAUGGUUUAAAUAAGUACAUAUGAUAUGUACCUGUACUUAAACUAUCCAUUAUAUUAUAAUUGUUGUGAAGCACUUUUAUAUAAUUUCACUGACAACGAUCGUAUAUUAAUUAUAUCUUUCUCAAGCAUUUCAUCGUCGGUAAUCCCUGAGACCUUGACAUGUAAAAUAAGGGAUAAAAUAUGUAUAUGUAGAAGUACGUUGUAGGCUCCAACACUGGUUUUCAUAUGGGAGAGAUUUAGUCUAAUGUAGAUCAUGAUCUACAUUCUGAAUUAAGUGUCCUUCAUGACUAAAAGCAGGUUUUGUAUAGAAUGCAAUGCAUAAGUUUACUGUACGUGUGUAUCAUCUUGUCUCACAAACCAGAGUAUCCAGCUCAGAUUUGUUGUAUUGUUGGUAUGUUUAUUUGAAUAUUAAUUUGCGAAUGAAAUGGCACAUUAUUUUAUUUUAGAAAAUGUUGAUGCUGUGUUCCGUUUUAUAGUAAUGCAUAAGAAAUAGUAAACACAUAACCAAUAUACAUUUAUUGGUGAUUGACCGAUUAUUGGAUCGUGUAUAUCAUCUGUAUGUCCCUGGUAUAACACAUCAGUCUAUGUUACCCAAGCAGUAUAUCGGAGUUCAUUUCACUAAAAAAAAUUUUUUUAAAGCUCAAACUGAUAUUGUUGGAUUCCAACUUCUUGUCGGCAAUAUUCGCCAAAGUCAUCAACCUCAAAUCUCAUGCUGUCUAUACUGCUUGCCACCAUUUUAGUUGCUCCGUUAAACCUGUGACGUCAUAGACUGAAGAGUUCCAAAUCAGCUUGACUGACUGAUACGCUGAUUAGCAGUCGACCGACAGUAGUGAAAUAUGGCCACUAAAUGUCUAAGAUGGGGAAUCUGUGGAGCUGGGAAGAUCUCCAACGAUUUCUGCUCUGCCAUGUCUACAUUACCAAAGGGGGAACAUGAGGUAGUGGCAGUGGCCGCCAGGAAACUGGAGAGUGCAAAGGAAUUUGGUGACAAGUUUGGAGCAAAGGUCACCUAUGAUUCUUAUGAAGCACUGUCUAAGGAUCCUAAUGUCGAUAUUGUCUAUAUUGGGACCAUACACAUAAACCAUGUGGAGAUGAGCAUGCUGAUGCUGAAUGCUGGGAAACAUGUCUUGUGUGAGAAACCAAUGUCCCUUAAUAUGAAACAGGCCAAACUUGUUCUACAACUCGCCAAGGAAAAGAAACUCUACUUUAUGGAGGCUACUUGGAGCAGAUGCUUCCCUAUAUAUCAGAAGAUAAAGGCUGAGAUUGCAUCUGGUAAUCUUGGAGAUGUGGAGUUGUUAACGGCAAAAUUUGCAAUUCCCAUCAAGGAUGUUCCGCGACUUAAGGAGAAGGCAUUAGGUGGAGGCUGUCUGCUGGACAUUGGUAUAUACACUAUACAGUUGGCUUGUAUGGUGUUUGAUGAGAUGCCUGAGAAAAUAACAGCUGAUGGGGUACUGAAUGAGGAAGGAGUGGACCAGGGAGGAUGCAUCAUUCUCAAGUACAAGGGAGGAAGGAUGGCCAGCUUGGCUUACUCUGGUCGUACCUGUGUUGUGCAGAAUUCUGCCAGUAUUCACGGCACAAAGGCCAAUAUUGAGCUACCUGACCGGUUCUGGUGCCCAGAGAAGGCUGUAUUCCCGUCAGGUGUUGUCACUAACGAGGUUCCCGAGGGGCGGCAGCCCUAUAACUUUGACAACAGUGGAGGAAUGAGGUACGAGGCAGACCACACCCGCAGGGCCAUUCUUGAAGGUAAACUGGAAUGUGAGGCCAUGCCCCAUCGCCAUAGUGAGAUGGUAAUGAGCAUUAGUGACGAGGUCCGCAAACAACUGGGCGUGGUCUAUGAUGUUGAUUGAAGUCAAGCCGUCUCUCCUUAAUGACUGUACCAUGUCUUGUUUUAAUGUAAAUGCAUUAUUACAAUAAUCAGAGAACUUAUAUUCAAAUAAUAUUAUGAGGUGAUUGUUUGUCUAUUAGAUACAAAUUGUAUACAAUAUUUUAUUCGGGUUGUGAUUGUCCAUUUUCAUCAAUUAAAAAGUAAAAUAUAUACAUAUGAAUGUCGAUAUUAACAUGUUUUUGUUAUGUCUCUUCCUCGAAUAAGUAAUUUUAGAGCUUGCUAAAAGCAGAGAGAAAGUACUUAAUGUAAGAAUCAGGGUUUGUGAAUUUUAUUACCAUGACAAAACAUUAUGGAGUUUUAAUAAUUUAAUUAUAACUAUGUAUUUGAUACAUCUGUUGAUUUGUGAAGAAUGUAUUUUAAUCUUCAUUAUAAUACUGUUAAUUUUUAAGAACAAUAAAAUAUUCCAAGUUUGUUUAAUGUCA